AUGUGUAUUUAUGUACUACCGACACAAAAAAAAGAGAAAAAAAAAGAGCUAUUUUAUACCCCACUAAUUCAUUCUUGCUUGGAGCAAAACUGAAACACAUUAUAUUGCUACUGUUAGUAAGCCGUCACAUUGCUAGGAGUUUAGUUACUGUAUCCUCCACAGGGAUUUCACACCAAAAAACAAGAGGGACAACAAGUCCCAGUCAUGGAUACCACACCAUCUCCAGCCUAACUAAUACCCGUAGCCUCUCAGUCAGCACAAACAUCCAGUCAGUGCUCUAGUCCCACGGAUCCUGUUGGCUAGACCUGGUACCCACUUCUACCUCAGUUUCUGAGACUUUACUAAGGUGCUGAGGAAACCGAAGCAGAUGGCCUUCAACGGAGCGUGGCAAAUGUACUCCCAGGAGAACCACGAAGAGUUCUUCAAAGUCUUGUCUGUGUCAGACACGCUCAUUCGCAUCAUGCGGGACGUGAAGCCGGUGACGGAGAUCAAGCAGAAUGGCGAGGACUUUGUAGUGACUGUUAAGACGCCGCUGCGCUCCACCACCAACUCCUUCACACUGGGCCGUGAGAGCAUCAUCAACACCCUGGACGGCAAGAAGCUUAAGUGCAUGGUGCGCCUGGAGGAUGGAAAGCUGAUCUGCACCACGGAGAAGUUCACCCAUGUGCGCGAGGUCCAAGGGGAGGAGAUGGUGGAGACGAUGACAGCUGGCUCUACAUCCCUAAUUAAACGAAGCAAGAAAAUCUGAGCUAUACUCAACGAAUAUAUAAACUAUAUUUGAAAGCCUUCAUAUAUUUUUCCUUAAAAAUGUCCUGUCCUGUCAACCAUUUAUAUUUUGUAAGUGUACCCUUCUAAAUAUGACUUUAUUUAAUGGUUAAUAAAUUCAAUAAAUUCUAUUGCAUCGAUCAAGUGCUUUGCCCUUAGACAUGAUUUUUAUAGAAAAAGCAAAAGCAGCAACCAAAAUCAUACCCAAUCAAUUCCUGAAUUCCAAAAUUCCAAAGUCAUACCCAAUCUCCUCAUUACAACUGGACAUAAAACAGACGGAGAAAGGACAGAUUGUGACAGAUCCUAUAUUAUGUCCUCUUGUAUAACAGCAGCUUCAGCUCCAAGUGAUACUUAUCAAGAUAAUCAAGUGACCAUGGAGAUCAAGUAAUAUCAUGGAUUGUUUGUGU